GCAUGGAGUUGUUAAAUAUAGUUUGAAUAUCGAUUUUUUCUACGAGGCUGGCUAGAAUUCCCGUCGGUGAUACCGGCUCGAUAUCACAACUAUUCUCAUUGGAUACGCAUGACAUCUCGAUCAAAUGCUGAUCAUUCUCCCCAAAUACACGUUCUCUUCAGCAAGCAACCAUGGGAACCUAUGAAUCGUUCCUGUCCUUUUACAUCAUCCUGGUGCAUUAAUACAUUUUAAGUUAAGAUGAGGUCUCCUCCAGGUAUUAGGCGUAUCACCAUGACGUGGAAACGAUGGAGACGCCUAUAUUGAAAGUUCACAAGGGUGGCCAUAUAAAUAGUAGUGUUCGGUCGAAAAUGGGCAAUUUGAUUCCAAUCAUCGAAUUUAUUCAUUCAGGAUUUAGGGGAAAAUAUCUGUGAAAACAAGAAUAUCCAACUUACCAAACCUAGCAAUUCAUAAUCAUGUCGACCGGCGGCACAGGCGGAAACCCGAUCCGGGGACUAAACUACGGGGCGAGAGCGGCACAGCAGAACAUCGAUCUAUCGGAGGACCCGGACCAUAAGGGUACAGCAGCCGGAUACGUCCACGAUCAAAACCAGGGCAAAUCCUUUUUCGGCACCAUCAAGGACGCCCUUAAACCAGGAGACACUAAGAAGCAGCAGCACCAGGGCUCAGGGUUCCAUGGCGAUUUCACACACGACGGGCGGCACGGCGGCAUCGAGGAGACUAUGAUUCCAGGGCACCGGGAUUACGACGAAUCGCAGGAGGCCCCACAGACCCACCGCGACGGCGUCCGGACCGAUGGCAGUAGCGUGCUCGAGUCCGUGAUGCCGGGGUAUAAGGAGCGGGGUGGUAUCUUUAGUGCUAUGAAGUCCGCUGCCGACAACACGCCCGAUGUUCCGGGAGCAUUGAAAAAGCCUGUGGGAGGCGGGGAUCCGGGAAGCGUUGGGCAGAGCAUGCACAACAGCAGCGGCGGUGGUGGAGGUAACGAUUCUGGUUUUAAGAGUAGCGGAGGGAGGACGGAUAAAAAGUCCAGGUUCGACAAGUUCCCUGCUACCGGGAAUUACUUGGGUCCAGAACCAAGCUCAGACUCGGCGACUAAGACCUCGGCAUUCGAUACCCAAGGUUCUAUUGGACAUCAGUUCUCGUCCGAGGGCGCGAUCGGUGGUACAGCAAAUAAGAUUGGUGGUCCAUUCUCGAAAGAGGGUAUAGUCGGACGCCAGUUCACCGAUAAGGGGUCCGUUGGCGGAACUGUCCAGGAUACGAUCGGCCGUGGAAACGAGACGAGAAAAGGGGCGUAAGAUACAGCAAAACUGUCGAUGCGUACGAAUACAUGCACAUUCAGUUGAUAGUAAUGAAAAUAGUUAACCA